AUGUCAAGUCAGCCAACAUGUCUCAGCCAGCCCGACGACAAGAAUGCCAAGUCAGCCAUCAUAUCUCAGGCAGUCCGACGACACGAGUGUCAAGUCAUCCAACAUGUCUCAGCCAGCCCGACGACACGAGUGUCAAGUCAGCCAACGUAUCUCAGCCAGCCCAACGACACGAGUGUCAGGUCAGCCAACGUAUCUCAGCCAGCCCAACGACACGAGUGUCAAGUCAGCCAACAUGUCUCAGCCUGCCCAACGACACGAGUGUCAAGUCAGCCAACAUGUCUCAGCCAGCCCGACGACACGAGUGUCAAGUCAGCCAACAUGUCUCAGCCAGCCUGCCGACACGAUUGUCAAGAAAGCCAACAUGACUCAGCCGGCCCGACGACACGAGUGUCAAGAAAGCCAACAUGUCUCAGCCAGCCCGCCGACACGAGUGUAAAGAAAGCCAACAUGUCUCAGCCAGCCCGCCGACACGAGUGUCAAGAAAGCCAACAUGUCUCAGCCGGCCCGACGACACGAGUGUCAAGAAAGCCAACAUGUCUCAGCCAGCCCGCCGACACGAGUGUCAAGAAAGCCAACAUGUCUCAGCCAGCCCGCCGACACGAGUGUCAAGAAAGCCAACAUGUCUCAGCCGGCCCGCCGACACGAGUGUCAAGAAAGCCAACAUGUCUCAGCCAGCCCGCCGACACGAGUGUCAAGAAAGCCAACAUGUCUCAGCCAGCCCGCCGACACGAGUGUCAAGAAAGCCAACAUGUCUCAGCCAGCCCGCCGACACGAGUGUCAAGAAAGCCAACAUGUCUCAGCCAGCCCGCCGACACGAGUGUCAAGAAAGCCAACAUGUCUCAGCCGGCCCGACGACACGAGUGUCAAGAAAGCCAACAUGUCUCAGCCAGCCCGCCAACACGAGUGUCAAGAAAGCCAACAUGUCUCAGUCGGCCCGAAGACACGAGUGUCAAUAAAGUCUGA